UCUCAACUAUGAGGUCAUACACUUUCAGGUUCUGAUCAACAGGUCCCUCUUGCAACCUAUAGUUCUUCAGCGGUUCUCCAGCCUUGUGCGGUUUUCGGUUUCUUCGUUUUAGCUAAGGACAAGAACCCGCGUUUUUAAUAUCGCGGACCCCACUCCUCCUUACAUGUUAAUAUUUGGUUUGGUUUAGACCGUUCGGUUGCAGGAGGCAGGGCAGAUUAUAUAUCUCUAUUUGACUUAUCGGCAAUUCAACUUCCUUAGUGGCAAAGGCAAAUACCUUAGAUAAAAAUGUUUCGUACCCAAUAAUCGCUGUGUCUAAUUUCUCGCAGAGCUGAUCAUUAUCAAUAUGGAGCAGCCUCUGUUAUCGGAAACAAGAAGUCAAUCGUCCGACAGAGAGAGCGGAAAGUGGAGCGCGUAUCAGUAUGCGGGAAGAACGGGUUCUGUGAUUCCUACUGCUUCAUCAUUGGCCGGCACUGAGGUGAGUGUCGAUGAAAUUCGCUCUGCUGCCGCUGCUUCUUCCAAUUACUAUCCGCCCUCCAUUCAUGGCGCUUUGGUCAGCUCGCCUGAGCCAUAUCCUCCACAGCAAGCUAUUGUUCCCCAAGGAGGAUAUGCAGGAGAUUACGGUGGAACAAGGGCCGAAUACCAGAGGGGAGUCUUGGAUGAAGUAGAGAUCCGAGGAUUGCUCAUUGAUUAUGUUGGUCACUGCUAUUGUUGGGGUAGCCGUCCUGCUCGAACAUGGAAAAUUCAUGCUGUGGAAGACUGCAAUGUUUAUGUGGGCACUUUAGAUACUUUUACUGAGGAAAGAGAGACCAUAAAAGAGUCUGAGCCAUACACUGGUGGCAGCAUAGAUGGAAAGCAUAGUGGGCCUGAACUUGGUGUAUGGGAAUUGGAUUUAUGGUCUCAGUUUCCUGUUCUGUUUGUGCCAUUCAAAGAAGUGUGGGAAAAGAUUCCUCAUUCUGAAGUUAUUGAGAAAUGCACUGCUUGUGAAGGACGGGGUAGUAUUGUCUGCUCUGUAUGUAAUGCAGACCAAGAACCCGGAUAUUAUAAAGAAAAUCAGAUGACCGACUGCCUUGCUUGUCAUGGAAGGGGUUUGAUUGCUCAUAAAGAUGGAUCUGAUACAGUAUGUGUUAAAUGCAAUGGUAAGGGAAAGAUUCCCUGCUCAACUUGCGGAUCUCGUGGACUAAUCAGAUGUGUGACUUGCAAAGGAAGUGGCUCUCUCCUGGCACGCAGCGUGGCAGUUGUUAAAUGGUAAGUC